CCAGCUUUCAGGAAACUCAUCUUUUUUCAUAUUUUUCACUCUGUUGACCUCAGCACCAACUGUUCUCUUUGCUUCUGUUAUAUCCCAUCUCAGGUUGUUCUUCCAAAGCUCAGGUUUUUCUUGUGUUAGAGCUUUUUUCAGUACAUGUUUCUUUUCACGAUAGAAAGGUUGUAAUAAUAACACUCAUCUUUAACUCUUCAAAAACUAUGAUUGAUACUGUUUAAUGUUACUUUAGUCACAAGAUAUUUUUAGGCUCUCAGUUUCUGCUUCUGAUAAAAGCCUCUGGUCUUUUCUUGUUGAAUUCCCAUGGAUGCUCAUGUAAUCAUCAAUGAUUGAGAAGCUGGAAUUUGGUUCACUGAUUUUACCACCGUGAUAGUGGGAGGCUACUGAUACCCUGAAUUAAACCUGAGUUUACCUAAUUAUGGGGAACCAAGUUCUUUGGUUGGCAUUUUGUUUCUGGGUUUUGACAAGCCUACUUCUGCCUGCUACCUCUGAUGGCCUAGUGAGAAUAAGCUUGAAAAAGCGUCCUCUGGAUCUCGAGAGCAUCAACGCUGCUAGACUUCUAAGGCAGGAGGGAAAAUUAAGAGUUGGUGCACACAGCAGGCUUCAUAUUUCAGAUAUGGAUGUAGUACCCCUUAAAAACUAUUUGGAUGCUCAAUACUUUGGAGAAAUUGGUAUUGGCUCGCCCCCACAGAAGUUCACUGUCAUAUUUGAUACUGGCAGUUCAAAUCUUUGGAUUCCAUCAUCAAAAUGCCACUUCUCUCUUGCCUGCUAUUUCCAUUCUAAAUACAAGUCGAGUCGGUCCACUACAUACACCAGAAAUGGAACAACUUGUGAAAUACAGUAUGGAUCAGGAUCAAUUGCUGGUUUCUUUAGUCAAGAUAAUGUUGAAGUUGGGAACCUCAUUGUCGAGGAUCAAGUUUUUAUCGAGGCUACACGAGAAGGAAGUCUUACAUUUGUCUUGGCAAAGUUUGAUGGAAUUCUUGGUCUGGGGUUUCAGGAAAUCUCAGUUGGGAAUGCUGUUCCUGUGUGGUAUAAUAUGAUGCAGCAGCGCCUCGUAGGCGAUGAUGUCUUCUCAUUUUGGCUCAACAAGGAUCCAGAGGCUGCAGAGGGUGGUGAGAUUGUUUUUGGUGGUGUUGAUGAAAAACACUAUAAGGGAAAACAUACCUAUGUUCCUGUCACUCAAAAGGGUUACUGGCAGUUCAAUAUGGGAGAUUUUCUAAUCGGAGAUCAUUCGACAGGUGUCUGCCAGGAGGGUUGUGCUGCAAUUGUGGAUUCAGGAACAUCCUUGCUUGUUGGUCCAACAGCUAUUGUGACCGAAAUCAAUCAUGCCAUUGGAGCUGAAGGGAUUGUGAGUGCUGAAUGCAAGGAAGUGAUUACACAGUAUGGAGAGUUAAUAUGGGAUCUAUUGAUAUCAGGGGUACAACCUGGUAAAGCAUGUUCACAGGUUGGUUUAUGUAUGUUCAAUGGGACUAAGCACGUGAGCACUGGGAUUGAAUCAGUGUUGGAGAAGGGAAACAAGGAGGAAUCUUCUAUUGGGGAUGAUCUUCUGUGCACAGCCUGUGAGAUGCUAGUCAUUUGGGUGCAGAAUCAACUAAAACAAAAGAAGACCAAGGAGGCUGCACUCGACUAUGUGAAUAAGCUAUGCGACAGGCUACCAAGUCCAAUGGGAGAGGCAGUGAUCGAUUGCGAGAGCGUAUUAAGCAUGCCAAAUAUCACUUUUACCAUAGGAAAUAAACCUUUCAAUCUCACUCCAGACCAGUAUAUUCUGAGGACUGGAGAAGGCACAGUAGCAGUUUGCAUCAGUGGGUUCAUGGCCUUUGACAUGCCUCCUCCAAGAGGUCCUCUCUGGAUCCUUGGAGAUGCAUUCAUGAGAGUGUAUCAUACUGUGUUUGACUUCGGUGAACUUCAACUAGGUUUUGCUGAGGCUGUUUAGCGCAAGCAAACCUUUUAUUAGGUUACAUAUUAUGAUCAGCUGCUCUGAUGGCAGAUAGUUGUGAUGUAAUGGAUAUAAAGGUUUGUGCUUGUUUAUAUGUGUAUCAUGACAACAAAUGGAUUACUGUAAGCUGACCUUACGUUGAAAACCUUUUUGCUUUUAAGUCUCAA